AUGGAAGGCUCCAGCGAUCAGCUCUCUGACCGUACGCUCCCUGACGGAGGGUACUACCGGGAUGGCGAAGCACAGCCCGGGAUCGAUCUCCAAGCAAGACGCCAGGAGAUUGAAGACCUCGUCUAUGAAGACGAGACUACGUCCUCUAUGAGUGGCGUGGAGGACAGGCUCGUGGUAACCGAAGAUCCUCCGUUGAGGUUGUUGAGCCGAGUGCCGGUUCCAGCCCCAUUUCAUGCAGCUCGACCGUCGCUUGGUCCAUUUCCAGUGAUGGUCCAGUCCCAAGAAGUGCAUCAUCAUUAUCAGCAGAUUGCGGAUGAUCCUGCUCUAGCUGCGUUGGAACGAGCACGACGGGACGAACAGAUUAUUGCCCAGGCUGCGGAGUUGGCCCGGGUGUCUGUCAAGAACGAGUCAAUGCAAAGCGCUGGACUUGCGCUGCAAGAAGAGCUCAAGGGGCUAGACAAGCCGGAGAAGAGCAAGCGAUGCGGGUGGCACAGGCUGAGGCCCUCGAAGUAUUUCGGCAGUUGGAAUCUCAAGUUGCCGAAUUAUUGCGCCGUGACCGGGAGCGUGAAGCUGCGAUGGAACGCGAGGGCAUGGCGUGGACUCAGUCUCUUAAGAUUGAGAUGA